GAACCAUAGGUUGCUUUUGAUCAAAAUCAAAUAUGUGAGGGUGCAUGUAUAUAUGCCAAUGCCCGAAAUUUUAGUGGCACUCCUAGCAUUUUCUUCUAGUUUCACUUGCAGCUAUGGCGACACAUUCAGCUCUCGCCGUCUCCAGAAUCCCGGUGAACCCGAGGCUGCAGUCUAAGAGUGCCAUUCACUCUUUCCCUGCUCAAUGCUCCUCCAAGAGGCUAGAAGUGGCAGAAUUCUCCGGCCUACGAGUUAGCAAUAACGGUGGGGAGGCCUCUUUCUUUGAUGCCAUAGCUGCACAAAUAACCCCUAAGGCUGUGACAACAUCCACUCCUGUAAGAGGAGAGACAGUGGCCAAACUGAAGGUUGCAAUUAACGGGUUUGGAAGGAUUGGUAGGAACUUCCUCAGAUGCUGGCACGGCCGCAAAGACUCUCCUCUUGAAGUUAUCGUAGUUAACGACAGUGGUGGUGUCAAGAACGCAUCCCACUUGCUCAAGUAUGACUCUAUGCUUGGAACCUUCAAGGCUGAUGUGAAAAUUGUCGACAAUGAAACUAUCAGUGUUGAUGGUAAGCUCAUCAAAGUUGUCUCCAACAGAGACCCUCUUAAGCUUCCAUGGGCUGAGCUCGGCAUAGACAUUGUCAUCGAGGGAACAGGAGUGUUUGUUGAUGGGCCAGGAGCAGGGAAGCAUAUUCAAGCUGGAGCCUCAAAAGUGAUCAUCACCGCACCAGCGAAAGGUGCUGAUAUCCCGACCUAUGUUGUGGGAGUCAAUGAGCAAGACUAUUCUCAUGACGUCGCUAACAUCAUUAGGUCCGUUCAAACAAAACAGUUCUCAUUAAGACAAGAAUUAGUAUUUGUUCAUGAUUCAUUUUGGUUAUGGCUUCUCUCUUUUAUUGGCAGCAAUGCAUCUUGCACCACCAACUGUUUGGCCCCCUUUGCGAAAGUCUUGGAUGAAGAAUUUGGAAUCGUCAAGGGAACAAUGACGACGACACACUCUUACACCGGAGACCAAAGGCUUCUCGAUGCAUCACACAGGGACCUACGGCGUGCCAGAGCUGCAGCGCUGAACAUAGUACCGACAAGCACAGGUGCAGCCAAGGCCGUGUCGUUGGUGCUGCCGCAGCUGAAGGGUAAACUCAACGGCAUUGCACUCCGUGUGCCGACCCCGAACGUCUCAGUGGUUGACCUUGUUGUGAACGUUGCGAAGAAAGGUUUGACAGCAGAGGACGUUAACGAGGCGUUUAGAAAAGCGGCGGAUGGACCGCUAAAGGGCGUUUUAGCCGUUUGCGACAUACCGCUUGUCUCUUGUGACUUCAGGUGCUCUGAUGUCUCAACCACCAUUGACUCUUCCCUCACAAUGGUCAUGGGUGAUGAUAUGGUCAAGGUGGUCGCUUGGUAUGACAACGAAUGGGGUUACAGUCAAAGGGUAGUGGAUUUGGCACAUCUAGUGGCCAACAAGUGGCCGGGAGAGGUAGCUGCUGGAAGCGGAGACCCAUUGGAAGAUUUCUGCAAGACAAAUCCAGCCGAUGAGGAAUGCAAAGUCUAUGAAUAAGCUUGAUUCCAUUUUUUUCACCAAACUCUUUUCUGAAUAAUUUGUUUUAUUAUUCAAUGAGGAUUUGACAAAAUCAUAUAAUCCGUACCUCUUAAACUCUCUCCUGUACUUAUAUCAAAAGGUAAUGUAUGUACCCAUUCCUUUUCGUUU